CGCUUGUUGCCACCCAACUCACAGCACCUCGGCACGCCGUCAUGGUAAUGGCAACAUGUCUGCAUCAUCUGUACCGGUGACGCGCGCUUCAAGCUGUUAUGGCUCCGAGGUCGAGAUCGACCCUGACGCUUUUGCUUCCGUGAGCGACUACGGCUCAGAGUUCGACGCGACCGAGGUCGAUGAAGAUACAAUUCUCGCAAACACUCUCGACUCGCUCGUCCAACAGCUUCCCAGAUCCGUGGAGAAGAGCAUUGUGCUUCCAAGCAUUGAGUUCGAACAGCGCGAGGCAGCAGAUGAAGAAUCAAACGAUCUUGGCGUACUGCCCAAGCCGUAUGACUUACGCGUGGCGAAGAGCCACCGGCGCAAUCAUGAGGCCAUCGAUUCACGCAGACGCAUCCAAAGUUCUCCAACCCGCGAGAUGCUGGAAGUCGAGUAUGACGAAAGGUCGCGUCGGGCAUGGAGUGUCCCGCUUAAAUCCUCACAAUCAUCGUCUCAAUCAGGCGGAACUACAAUUCACAGUGUGAGCUCUAUCACAAGCACUCCACAUAUCGUUUCCUCCCACGAGGCUGCAGAUGUUGAUUCGCGUCCGCCCAUCGAGCGCUUUCGCACAAAGCCCAAGAAGCCACUCUCUGUCACCGACCUUGUCUCACCAGCAUGGUGCGAGUUACAAUACUACUACACUUUGUCCAAGUUCGGGCGCAAGCCUCGGACGCAAGCCAUGCGCACCGGGUCGAAGAUCCACCAAAAGCUCGAAGACGAGGUACAUACAACUGUACCAGUGCAGGUACAAACUAAAGAGGACCGGUUUGGUUUACGGAUCUGGAACACGAUAUCGGGGCUGCGAUGUCUGCGUGAGACUGGCCUAACAAGGGAACUGGAGGUUUGGGGUGUCGUCGAAGAUCAAGUCGUGAACGGCGUUAUUGACGAGGUCUCUUACGAAUGUCCUGAUCCUGAGUUCGAGGAACAUGUUGAACGGACGAGAGCACAGCAGAGCGGUGGCACAGUACAGCUACCUACCAAUCAGCUUCGUAUUGCGGAAGCUUUUGCUAGGGCUUCAGGUGCGGACAUCAACAGCAGCGCAUGGGCAGAUGGUGUCGAACCAAUACAGCAAAUCUACAUCGCCGAUGUAAAGACACGUGGUGUGCGCUCAAAACCAACCGGUGCAUCACUGCGACCGACAAGGAUGCAACUUAUGUUGUACCACAAGCUUCUCGAGUCUCUGUCUCUCAAUACCGUAGAUGCCGAGACCAUCUUCGCCCGCUACGACUUGGAUCCACUACAGUCCUUCACAGAGAUAUUUCUACACGAGAUUGGCGACGUUGGUUUCGAGAAUGAAGCCGCUCGGUUCCCAAACCUGCUCUCGUUGUGGUCUUUGCUCAUCACAGAGCUGCAACUUGCAAUCCCUCCAGCAAGCCUUUCUUACGUUCUUUGUGCUGAGUUUCGCUAUUCCAAAACAGGUGACAUCAUUGGCAACGAGCUUAUCAUGUACGAGGCAAACGUCCUUGAAGACUACCUUGAGGAUGAGAUGGCAUGGUGGAAGGGAACAAGAGAAGCCAAGGGAGUGGCAAUCGAAGACGCGUUCAAGUGCAGAAUAUGUGAUUUUGCAGAAAACUGCACGUGGAGGCAGAAGAAGGUCGAUGAGGCAGUUGAAAAGAGUAGACUUCGACGAUUGGGAGGGGGGAAGAGCGCUGUUUGAUGGCUCCUGUCGUGGUCUGAGAGCUAUGGCGUAUCUCCUGUCUUCUUGACCUUUCUUUUGGCAUAUCUUUGGUGAUUUUGUUCCGACAUCUCUGUCAGUCUGACUGGUAUGCCUUCUUGAUACAUGAUGACAUCUUCGGUAUAUAACAAUUCACUUUAUGGUUUUAUACAGAUGCUCCAGCUGAGAUUGAUGGUGCUGAUGCAUCAUGCAUGUCCACUUAUCGCG